AUGCAUCUUACAAUUUCACUCUUGGUCGCUGCUGGUAUUGCCUUUGGAGCUCCGCACAUCAACCCCCGUCAAGCCAAUGCCUGCUUCGUCAUCGGCAACGAAGUCCUACCAGAAUCCGUCGUCGACUCCGUGGAAGCUAUCCGAGGAGCGGUCACCUGCAACACUGGAGUACAGACACUCUCCGGCGUCCCCGACGUAACCUCAGGAGGCGUCACCUUUUCCGACGUCAACUUCGCCAACUCCAACCUCACACCCCUAGAGUUUGCGCUCACCGAAUUUGCCGCGGCCACCCCUCUCGCUGACACUGACCUCCAAAAAUUCGAAGAUACCCUCAAUGUCUACCUCGCCACGGAGGCCGGCAUCCGGUCAGUCGGAGGACCACUUACUAUAAAGGUGCCCAAGUUCUUCCUAGAGUUCCAAGUCUCGCGCAUACAGACAGCACAAGGAAACCCACCGACCGCGGCCGGAUUGCAGGUUGACCACCUUUUGGACAAGGUGUUGAAGAAUGCUGGGAGAGAAGACCAGGCUCUCCUUGAUCAAGUUCGGAAUCUAGCAACCCAGCUUAGUUAG